CCUCAUUUCGUAAGUACGCUCCUGCCCGAAUUAGAGCUGUGCAGUGAAUUCGUGGCAUGCGCUAACUGGCCGCUAAGAUUAGAGCGCAUAACUCGUUACGGUAGCAAUUUCAUCUCGUUACACCUUCACGUCAUCUCAAAAGAUGGUAAAGGCACAGGGAACGAGUCUCUACACGACUAAGGGCGUCAUCAUACUUGAUAGUGAAGGCAAACGGAUGCUUUCAAAAUACUACACGAAUGACUACCCAACACUGAAAGAACAGAAAGUCUUCGAGAAAUCUCUAUUUGACAAGACAAGGAAGAGCUCCAGCGAAAUCAUCAUGUUUGAUAACCAAAUUAUCGUGUUUAAGAACUCUAUCGACGUAUUCAUCUACAUUCUGGGAUCUGCCGAUGAGAACGAGUUAAUUUUGAGUCACCUACUAUCGUCCUUUUACGAGUCGCUAUCAAUCUUAUUGAAGGGCCAAGUUGAAAAGAGAGCCAUUUUAGAGAGCUUUGACGUAGUUGUUCUUGCGCUUGAUGAAACAGUAGACGGAGGCAUUAUUCUGGAGUCGGAUCCAAAUAACGUGGCCUCCCGGGUAACUAAAAAGGGAAGCGAAGCAGACAUUCCGCUUUCGGAACAAACUGUGACGCAGGUGUGGCAGAGGGCACAAGAGCAGUUGGCGCGAUCGUUACUCAAAUAGAUCUGGAUAUAUCUUAUUGUCAAGACUGAAGAUGGCCAAGGCCUUUUGGGUCAUGUCCGCAUUAUGUGA